AUGGACAAGAAAAUCAACGACCCCGAAGCAUCCACCUCGACGCAUCAUCUGGAGUCCUCCGUCUCAGUCGAGAAACAAGAGGCGGCUGAGAUCGCCCGGGAUUGGUAUCAGGAUGCCAUUAAGCCUGAUGUUAAGGCCAAGCAGAAGAACCCCCUUGCAGGCUUGUCUCGCGAGGAACUUUACCGCGACGUCGAAGAGUUUGCGCACGAGAAGAAUCUCGAAGACAUUAUGGAAGAGCUCAAACGGGGGGCACUGGUGGCUCAGGAUCCGAGAUCCUUUGAGCAAUUGAGUGAGUUGUCGGAAGGCGAAAAGGAACUCCUUCGCCGAGAAAAAACACACCGGUGGAAUCAACCGUUCAUGAUGUACUUUAUGACCAUCCUUUGCGCGGGCUCCGCAAUUGUGCAGGGAAUGGAUCAGACCGCAGUGAACGGAGCUCAAGAGUACUACUAUGAGGAGUUCAAUCUCACCAACCGAUGGAAGCAAGGCCUAUUAAAUGGAGCUCCGUAUCUUUGCUCAGCUGCUAUAGGGUGUUGGACUACCGCUCCGCUUAAUCGCUGGUUCGGUCGCCGCGGUUGUAUCUUCAUCUCCUGUUUCAUUUCAUUUGCCUCCUCCUUUUGGAUGGCCGCCGCACACACUUGGUGGAAUCUUCUGAUGGCUCGCUUCCUCUUGGGAUUUGCGGUGGGUGCCAAGUCAACAACCACACCGGUGUACGGGGCUGAAUGUGCACCUGCCAAUAUUCGUGGGGCCCUAGUCAUGAUGUGGCAGAUGUGGACAGCAUUUGGUAUUAUGCUUGGAUAUAUUGCAUCGGUCGCGUUCAUGGACGUGACGCAUUCAACUAUCCCAGGUUUCAAUUGGAGACUCAUGCUCGGGUCAACUGCUAUUCCUCCGUUUUUCGUCUGUAUACAGGUCUAUUUGUGCCCAGAAUCACCGCGAUGGUAUAUGAUGCGCAACCGGUAUCGGGACGCAUUCAAAGCGCUUUGCAAGCUGCGUCCAUCAGAGUUCCAAGCGGCAAGGGACCUCUAUUACAUUCACUCUGCCUUGAAAGUUGAAGAGAAGCUCCGUGAAGGAAAACAGCUGUGGCGAGAGAUGUUCACUGUCCCUCGCAACCGGCGUGCAGCCCAGUCAUCCUUCUUUGUCAUGUUCAUGCAGCAGUUUUGUGGGGUGAACGCCAUUAUGUACUACAGCAGUUCGAUGUUCCGCGAGGCUGGUUUUGAUCUGCGCACGGCACUUGUUGUUUCUCUCGGAUGCGGCAUCACGAACUGGAUUUUUGCUCUCCCAGCGGUUUAUACAAUUGACACAUUCGGCCGGCGUAACCUACUCCUGACAACGUUCCCUCUGAUGUGCCUGUUCCUACUUUUCACCGGCUUCUCGUUCUAUAUCCCUGACCAGACAUCCCGAACAGCCUGUGUCGCGACUGGGAUUUACCUGUACAUGAUCGUUUAUUCCCCCGGGGAGGGGCCUGUGCCAUUUACCUACUCCGCUGAAGCAUUUCCACUGUACAUCCGUGACAUCGGCAUGUCGUUUGCGACCGCCACAACAUGGGGAUUUAAUUUCAUCGUGUCCCUCACCUGGCUCCCCCUGCGUGAUGCAUUCGGCGUCCAGGGAGCGUUUGGAUGGUACGCGGCGUGGAAUUUUUUCGGGUGGAUUUUCUGCUAUUUCUGCCUGCCAGAAACCAAGGCACUCUCGCUCGAAGAGUUAGAUCAGGUAUUCUCCGUGCCAACUCGCAAGCAUAUCAACCACUAUCGGGGCAUGAUACCGUGGUAUGUCAAGAAGUACCUCCUCCGCCAGGAUGUGCCACCACAGAAACAGCUUUAUGAUUACGAGUGA